CUAAGUUUCCGGUGGCAUAGAGGGAGCUAUGGCUAAACAUCACCCGGACUUGAUCUUUUGCCACAAGCAGGCUGGUGUUGCCACUGGAAGACUGUGUGAAAAAUGUGAUGGCAAGUGUGUGAUCUGUGACUCCUAUGCAUGUCCCUGUACCCUGGUGCGCAUAUGUGAUGAAUGUAACUAUGGCUCUUACCAGGGACACUGUGUGAUCUGUGGAGGCCCUGGGGUUUCGGAUGCCUAUUAUUGUAAGGAGUGCUUCAUCCAGGAGAAAGAUAGAGACGGUUGCCCAAAGGUUGUCAAUUUGGGGAGCUCUAAGACAGAUCUCUUCUAUGAACGCAAAAAAUAUGGCUUCAAGAAGAGGUGAUUGGUGGGCUGCCUCUUCCUCCCCCUGUCAAGCUGCUGCAGCUACCAAAAGAAUGCCUACAGAAAGGAAAUGGAGCACAGAGCAUCACCUGAAUUGCCUAUUAGUACACUGGCACCUUUCCACCCUUUCCUCUCCUUUCACCCAGCCAUGGUAGGAAUGGAAAAAAAGAUUCUUUGCAGAGCACUCUGGCAGACUGUACCACAGACAAAUUAAUAGAUUGGUUCAUGGCAUUCCUUAAAUUCAAGAAGCAAGGCUGUGUUAAUCCACAUCGAGAAGUUCUGUACACCAAAAGCUUCUAAAACAGGAAUGAUAUAUCAUUUCAUUCUUCU